UCCAAAAACUACCGAUUUGGUCCCGUAUCUUGUAGCGCGCGAGAACUGCACAACUCCGAAUCCCAACUCCCUUUCUUCAAACCCUCGCACAAAAUCACAAACUUGGUGCAAAGUAUUUAGUACUGUUGGCAGCAGCAGGCGACGGAUUGGAGCAAUGGUAGCCGGAGAAGAAGAGCAAAAAGCUCCAACACGGUCCUCUAUCAAAUCUCAUAUCGCGUUUAAUAAUUAUCCCAAAUGGAAAGACAAGCUAAGGGAGAACUGUUACAACAGGGUUCGAGCUGACCGGAAUCGGCUUCUAUGGAAAAUGAGGUUGCCUGAUUCAAAAGACCAUUCUCUUAGGCACGAGGAGUUGAUUAAAUCCACCUUCCAAGACAUCGUAUCUGAUGAACUCAGAAAAAUUAAAGAGACACCAAUGGAAAGCUGUUCUGGAACUAUUAAUCCUGAACCAGAAACUAGUGAUGAUAUUUUAUGGGAAUAUGAUGGUCUUCAUGCAGCAUACGAAGGUGAAUGUGAAGAAAUCUUGUUGGAAAUGCAAAAGAUUUUUUAUGAGGAUCUUGAAAGUGAACAGAUCGGAAAAGAACCAGAUGGGUAUAUCAAAGUAUGGGAAGAGGAAGAAGAUGAAUAUUUAGCUCGUGCUGUUUUUGAGAAUAUGCAGCUGAAUGAUGACAAGGUGCAAAAAGCGGUUUGGUGUCCCAUAUGCAAAAAAGGAGAGUUGCAACAGAGUCGACAUCUUAUCUUUUGCCCUCUUUGUGAACUUAAACUCAAUGGAGACAAUGAGGUGAAUCUGGAGUUUGUGCGGGAUAGAUUGGGUGAAGCUCACGGGCAGCAUUUGGAUAGGGGAUGCAGGCUGAAACCAAAAUUCAGUAUCCGCUCUAAAUUUGGUAUGACUGCCCUCUACAUGGAGUGCCAGGGUUGUAAUACCUUUGAGAUUGUAAUAUAACUUUUUUAUUUUUAUUUUCUUAUGGUUCGUGCUAAGGGGUUUUACUUAAAAUCUUGGUUUUUGCAUCUCUUGUACAUCAUAUUUUCUUUUCUUCUUGUUAUAUAUACUAUUA